GAUAGGAGGAGACUCAGCAACCAAACUCAAUUUACAAAAGAGAAAGAAGAAUAGAAGAGUAAUUGAAGAAGAAGAAGAUUAGAUAUCGUGAGCUAUUGGAGAAACUCGUUUCGAUUCGUUUCUACUAAGGUUUUUGUUUGUAUAACGAUGUCGAGUCCUAUGGAGUCCUCUGAUUUCGCCGCUACACGGAGAUUUUCAAGGAAGCCGAGCUUCUCUCAGACGUGCAGUCGUUUGAGUCAGUAUCUGAAGGAGAACGGUAGCUUUGGAGAUCUCAGCUUAGGGAUGUCAUGCAAGCCCGAGGUCAACGGCAUCAUCUCUCGUCAGCCCACAACAACCAUGAGUUUAUUCCCUUGUGAAGCUUCCAACAUGGAAUCCAUUGGCCAAGAUGUUAAACCAAAAAAUCUGUUUCCUAGGCAACCAAGUUUUUCUUCCUCAUCCUCCUCUCUCCCCAAGGAAGAUAUCCUAAAAAUGACACAGGCUACUACUACUUCUACUAGACCUGUGAGACCAGAGCCUCAAACUGCACCGUUGACUAUAUUCUACGGCGGGCAAGUGAUUGUGUUCAAUGACUUUUCUGCUGAGAAAGCCAAAGAAGUGAUGGACUUGGCGAGCAAAGGAACCGCUAAUACCUUCACCGGUUUCACAUCUAAUGUCAACAACAACAUCCAGCCCGGUUACACUACUAACCUAGCCAAUAACCAAACAGAGAUGAGAAGUAACAUCGCUCCUAUCCCAAACCAACUUCCUCGUCUCAUGAAAAUCACAACACAAGAUCCAGUUCAAUCCUCCUCAACUGCAAUGGCAUGCGAACUUCCUAUUGCUAGAAGAGCUUCACUCCAUCGGUUCUUGGCUAAGAGAAAGGACAGGGUUACGUCAAAGGCACCAUAUCAAUUAAACGAUCCAGGCAAAGCGUCUUCAAAUCCUCAAACCGGAGACAACACCACCUCUUGGCUCGGUUUGGCAGCUGAAAUGUGAAGGACAUCGCCAAACCACCACAAACCGUACCGGGGGUAUUCUUUUGACGUCUCAUCAAUAAACAAGAUAUAUAUGAAAAGCUCCUGCGUCACGGUUAUUAGUUCGCGUGUAACCAUAUUUUACAAAUAUUUAAUCUUUAGGAAACUUCAUAUAUUUGUAUGUAUCUGUUUAUGAUUAGCGAUCAAUUCUUGUUAGCGCCUGUCUUUUGCUAGGUAAUGUGUCAUGUCUGUCUAAAUCCCCUUUCUCUGGCCUGUCUCAGAACUAGUCUGAGUUUGUAAGACGAUCUCCGAUGGUGUUUUAUUUUUCACUUUUUGCUUCA